AUGUCUCAAGUCGAGGGCAGCAUGUUGCAUGUCGAGGGCCAGCAGGACGACUCGGAGGGCAGCACGUCACCGCAUGCCGAGGACCAGCAGGACAGAGGCAACAUUCAGCCCCAACAAUCUCAAGCAGUAGCAACACACGUGCAAGGUCUACAGAGACAGAAAAUCACUCAACUGGAGGAGAAACUAGAGGCUCUAGAAUCCAGGCAAAAAAACUGGUAUGCAGCUAAAGGAAGAGUGAUCAGAUGUGUUGUUGCCCUGUUCGAUAGUAUUGAAGACCUCAUCACUGAAAAUGACAGAAGAUACAAUGAUGAUGACCAAGAUACUAGUGUCGAUCAAGAUCGGCUGCAGAUCAGCUAUGCCACCCUAGCCAAAACUUUGCCAUGGUUUCACAAAAGAGGUUCAGAGAUAGAGUAUGAUGAAUACUCGCAUAUGUUAGAGAUGCUUCGACAAGGGGCUGAUGGUGCUUGCGGAGAUGAUACCUCGAAGCUGAAGACUCUUGUUUCAGAAUGGGUCAAUCGCAAAUUCAAGCCACUUCCCCCCGUUGACCAUGAUGAUAAGCAUUUACAUGGAUUUGCCCAUGAUUUAACCAGAGUAAGGACAGGAAUUCAACAUCGCUCAGAUAGCUAUGUUAUCACAGAUCUGUCAUUUCCCGCCUUCUUGUAUGAUAAGUACACCACCAAUCCAAAUGAUCUUGAGGAAGGCCUUUUCAAGGGCAAACUGCUUAUUCAGAGCUACAAAGCUGUGUUCACAUCACCCUCCUCAGCAAAGGACAUUGAAGGCGAUGGCAACAGCGCAGAUGUCAUCAGCAACAACCAACAGGUUAAGAAGUCCUUAUCUGGAAUCAAGGCCAAGAAACACAUAGCACAAAUCAUCCACAUGGACAAAGUCACUCCAUGCUCAAUCACAUACAUCGCAUGUCAAGUGCGAUUCACACUCUCUUCUGUUACUUCAUGGCAGUCCAUGGAUGGUGACUUUGACUAUCUGCAAUUCUGGCAGAGCAUCAUGGACUUCUUCGAAAGGGCCCCAGGUCAAGAAGUGCAUUGCAGGGUAGAAAGACUACUUGAGUGGUGGACUAGAAAAGUUUUUGGAAGGAAUCGCCAAGGUGAACUUAGCAAUGCAGCAAAGGCCAAUUUGUCCAUCAAUGCCCUUGCAAGGCAGAGGGAACAACAUGACAAUGCCGCAUUUGAUUCACCCCAGAGGAUACAGCUGUUAUUGGUAGACCCACCUGCUUGUGUUUGGUAG